UGUGUGUGUGUUUGUGUGUAGGCAUGUUGGCAACCACAUCCAGCGGGGAGCUGUAGAGGUCAGAGUUCACCUCAACAGCGCUGGUUCUUCAGCCCUGCCCACGGUCGAUGUGACCACUUCCUGUUCUGUACAGGAAAGAGCAGCAACAACUUCCUCUCCCUCAAGUCCUGCCAGGAGCAAUGCAUGAUGGGAGCCUGCUGCUUCCGCCUGCCCAAACCAAAUCCUCUCUUUGGCUACAAAAGUCAGGGCAAUGGUAGCCAUGAAUACAACACAUCCUCUGACCAGGAGCAGAGUGGGAGGGGUCAAAAUGAGGAAAAAGCAUGGUUUGGAGAAAUUAGUGACAGAAGGAAAAUUGUGGAGGACAGUUCUGAUAUAUUUGUUCAGGUGUUCAACCUGACCAUGCCAAACCAAUGGAGCAACAGAAAGGAUGAGAGACAAAGGAGAGAGAGAAAUGAUGGUGGGUUUGACUGUAGGGAGAAUGAUGCUGGUUUUGCCUAUAGCUGUGAGUACCUGUCUGUGUCAGCCUGUCAGGCCAGGGUCAAGAACCUCCAAGGGGAAGGAGAGGCUGUGAGUUUCACCCCUGGACAGCACUGCUCAGAGGCGGGCUGUGGCCAGGCAUGUGGUUGCCUCUACCAUGGCCCCCCACGGAGCUUUGGGGAGAGGUUCAGGCAUGGUUGUGAAGAGUGCAUGUGUGAUCACAGUGGAGUGGUGCAGUGUGGGUGUAGUCAGUUAACACAGCGUAAGGAGAUUCGAGACAUGACCCUGAGAGAGCGACGGCAGUACCAACGAGCCAUCCGGAGACUUUACGCACAGCCAGGUGUGUGGGAAAAUUUUACCAAGCUCAGGGCCGAGUUCUCACCUCAGGCCGGUGGCCAUGCUUACUUCCUGCCCUGGCAGCGCUACUUCCUGAGGCUUGUGGAGCAGGAGCUCAAAGCCGUAUCAUCAUGCCAACUGGGCAUUCCUUACUUUGAGUGGACGGUUGACUCUGGUAACCUUUGGACCUCAGCUGCCUGGCAGGCCGGGAUGUUUGGAGGGGAUGGAGAAAAGGGGAGAGAUGAAGAGCAGGACUCGGAUGAAGAGAGAAGUUGGGAUAGGGUGAGCGAGGUGGCUAGCGAGCAGGAGAGCAGCUCUGUCUCGGGCUGUGUCCCCCAGCACCCCUUCCAGGGCUCGUCUCCACGCUUCCACUGGACCCCCUGUCUACGUCGGAGCUUCAACACUUCGGUGUCUGUGCCUGACGCGGUGACCAUCCAGAGGUUGCUGUCCCUGGAGGACUUCCUGCUUUUCUCCCAGGCUGUGCAGGGGCUGUCUGGGCUUUUCAGGCUCUGGGUUGGGGGCCACAUGGCCUCUCCUCUGGCUGCCUAUGACCCCAUCUACUUCUCACAAGCCGCCUUCAUCGACAAGCUCUGGACACACUGGCAGGAAAGGCACAGAGACUUGGGAACCCAGUACCCGGCGAGGCAGCGCCAUGUGAAGAUGAAGCCGUUUGGCAUUGCCCCUGAUGAUGUGAUGUCAUCCCGGGAUCAAUUGUGUGUGGUGUACGUACCCAUAACCCUUGGGUCUCCCUGCAAUGUGACAUCAAUGCCUCGUGCCGAAAGGGGGAAUGGCCAACACAAAGGAGCAAAAGACACUGUCAGCCAUCACAAAAAGAGACAAGGUACUGAUUACAACACGCAAGGUUAUGAUGGCUUUGACCCCAGUGGUUACAGUCAUAAUGGAUAUGACAGACAAGGUUUGGACCGCAUGGGGUGGGACCAGCUCGGCUAUGGUAGGGAUGGUUUGGACCGUGACCACAUAGACAAGGACGGCUAUGACGUUGCUGGCUACAACCGCUAUGGGUUUAACCGUUCCAAUGUCACAUGGUUUGGGAUGCGCUGGGAUGGAGUGUUCAUGAGAGAAAAGGAACGAAAAGAAGGAAGAAAGGGUGAGAAAGAGGAGAGUGGCGAGGAAGAGGAGAGAGAAAGAGAGAAGGUGAUGUCGGAGCUCUUUAACAACAGUGGCUACAGCGUUUAUGGUUUUGAUCCCUUUGGUUUGGACAGAGGUGGUUUUGAUGUGUUUGGCUUUCGACCAGAUGGUUAUGAUAAGGAUCGUUGUAACUGGUUCUACAACGGACCGCACUACCUACGGUUCUACUACCACACCCAACAGCAUCUCAGCUCUGCUAGUCAACACUCCCUGGACCACAUCACACGGAUCUGUCCUCCAAUCACAGCCCUGCCUCUUCACUGGCCCAUGCAGGAAUGGAUGGCUAUGCAUCCAGAGGGGAGCAAAGCCCUGAUUGAGCAGCUGGAGCGCCAGUUCGGGGAACAGAAGCUUAUGAAGUCUGAUGAAAUCUACACUCCCUGGCUGAGUUCACAGAGGGGGAAAGACAUUUGGUUGCCAAUCACCCCAGACAGCAGGUUUUGUUUUGAACUGCACUGGUUCUCCGGCUGUCCUCUUGGCUCUGCCCCCAUAACCUGCCCUGACCUCUGCCAGGAAGCCCGUUGCCAUGGUAACCCAAUGGCUGAGUGUCAUUUGCGGAACUGUGGCUCCUGCUUCACCGAGUGGCUUGACCAAACAACUGGAGCAUAUGUCAUUUGCCAGGACUGGUAACCAAUGAAGAGCGGUGCCCAUGUCGUUUAACAUGCUUGAAAAUAAGUAAAACAUUCUAUUUGCCGGACCGCAUAAAUGGAGCCGGCCAAGAAGAGCGAAUGUCUCUUACUGAGUUAGUGCCUGACUGACUGAGUACAGCAUAGUGCUUAAACAGUAUAGUGGUUAGAGAUGCAGAUGGUCAUGCAGUGGACCAGGGUUCAAUCCUCGCCACUGACCAAUCAAAGUAGUCUUUAGGCUUUUGUCCUGGAUAGACUAAAACUUUGCUUGCUACAAGUUUCAGCCGCUACAUUAUAGUAUACCUAAAUUAAACUGUUUACGGUUAUAUUGUGGAUUUUCAAAGAACGCAUCCGUCCAUGCUUUUUGGGAUAAUAUAGACCACAACCCCUUCCACGGUAAAAAAGUAGGGGUUUCCACUAUUCUCUUGUCUUUUCACUUGAUGAUAAAGUCAGUUAUUCACACAUAUAUUGAUAGUUAUUGUAUCAAUGUCAUUCACAAAUGAAAGAAAAACAAACGUUGUGCCAUGAAAUGAAAUGACACUAUAAAGUUUGUCUUCAGUCUCGCUAGAAAUUGCUCAAUUCAUAUGACUACUUUCAUUGAAUUGCCUGUGGCAAAAGCCAUACAGUUCAUAGAUGCUAUUUGUGGUGGAAGUAAACUAAAUAAGAACCGUUAGUCAGUUUAACACAAUGCUUAAUGGUGUCUAGUGAAAUAGUCAAGCUUGGUGUGAGGACUUGGCAUGUUAUUGAAGUCAUUAUUUUCAUUACUAUAUAGCUAGCCAUCUACAGUAAUCUUUCUAAUUUAACGCGUUUUACGUAGUGUAGGAACCCUGUUAUACCUGUUGAUGGUUUGGAUGUUAGCUAAUGUAGGGAACUAGUUUCGGGAGAACCAUGGAGUUUCGAUUAAUUGGCUUAACAACACAGAAGUAUACCAACACUCUGCACACUUAUAGCUUAGUGGCGUAGUGGUUAUAGACACAUAGGAGACCCCAGUUCGAAUGCAGUGAGUGCAACAACAAUAUUCCCUUCUGAAUGUGAGCUGGCCGAACUAGGCUUGCCUUGUUCCCUUUCUUGUUAUCAUAAAAACCUAAUGUACCUACUCAAGAGGUUGUAAUGUUAAUUAUGGGAAGUGACCAAGUCUUGAAAUACAAUACAUUUUCAUAACAUGUUACUUUAAGGGGAUGUUAUUACAAUGUUACAUGUGUUGUUACACUGUAACACGUAGGUAAAUAUUAAAACAUGUAUUUAGUGGUAUUUGCAGUUUGUAUAUACAGGGUGUAACAGCGAAUGCUUGUUACAAUGCUGCUACAAAGUUGCCCUCAAUUGGUGCAGUGGUCUAUCACUGCCUUGCUGUUCAGCUGUGUCGUAGCCAGGCUUUUGAAUCCUGCUGGAAGUAUACUGACAGUACCUGGGGUUCCCAUAGGCGGUUGCACAAAUUGGUUCCCAGCCAGAGGUAGACAGGUGGAUGUCAGACAGGGUUGCGUUGUCUAAAAUAAUGACGGGAUAGUUGACGGGAUAGAUUAUGGGAUUUUGAUUCUACAAAUACUGUCAGGAAGGAAAGAUUUGCUGCUCUCAAAAAACGUAUUAUUGGAAAGGAUUACAGAUCAUGUGCAUUUGCCUUGUGUAAUUUGCUUUGAGCAGUGUGUGAAUGCGUAAUGGUACAGUGACGGAGAUGGUGUCUGAGGUGCUCUGUGCGAUUGCGCAGUCAUGCAACUUUUCCCUGCAAUAAAAGUGCACUUCUGGAAUAACCAGUAUAGGAAAAUGUGGACCAGGAAAAUGGAGGGGAAAUGGAAAUGGAGGAGAAGGUAUCAAAUAAUUUUCUGGGGUAUGAGGAAGGGGCUUAACAUUUUGAGUGAUAGAAAGUGGUUAAGCAGCGGAUGGAGGAGAAGGUUGUGAGGAGGAAGAGAUGAUUGGUCAUCUGGAUGUUCCAUUUUAAUAGGAGAGUUGUUUCAAUGAGGUUGUUGGUUUCAGUAAACUGAAAGUUUUAAUUUAAAUGCUGGAUUUGGAAAUAAGCACAGCAUGCAUUUGUUGUUACACCUCUAAUUACAUUUAGUUGUUUCUGCAGUAUAGCUGAGUAAUUACAAAUAGUUAUAAUACUUGUUAUACACAUGUAAUUGAACUGUCUUAAAUGGAAGUCUUAAAAUGUAGUAUUACCGAGUUCCCUCUCGCUGGAUUUCUCUUUGUGCUGAGACUGAUCUUUCAUUUAACUGAGACAAGAAAUGUGUAUGUACCACACUUAAAUAAAGGGUGCAACUGG